UUGGACAAUCCAGUCUGCACAGGGGGAGCAGCGGGGGAGGCAGCAGCAGCAGCAUCAGUAUCAGCCAGCGCAGGGAGAGCAUCGCCCGGGACAGGAGCAGCUGCAUCACCGCGCACUGGAGACAUCAGGCUGCUGCCGCCAUAUAUCACUGAUUCAGCACCGGCUCUGUAAUACCUUACAGUAAGGGUCAGGGUCACUGCACAUGCACAGCAGGAUGGGGGAGCAGCUCAUACACUGACUCCAGCUCUCUGGACAGGUAACGGGAUCAUGUAGAUAUAAGCCGCGCAGAGGAGUCACAGAUGACCAAGAGGACAUUUGGAAGAUCUGCAACAUUGCUGUUAUACUGUAGGUGGCUGGAAGUGGUGGCUGGCAUUGUAUGACAGCAGCUGUGCUGGAUGCUCAAGAAUCAGCUACAACAUAAAUACAGACAGGACUACACCCCAUCAUUGGAGGCAUCUGGGUUAAGCAUCCUCCCUGGGUUCCUCAUUGCAGCUGCCUGAUCCCAGUGUCACUGCUCAUGCUACCUGAUCCCAGUGUCAUUGCUCCUGCUGCCUGAUCCCAUUGCAGUGUCACUGCUCCAGCCUGGUCCCAGUGUCACUGCUCCUGCUGCCUGAUCCCGGUGCAGUGUCUGAGCUCCUGCCUGCUGAUCCCAUUGCUGUCACUGCUCCAGCCUGGUCCCAGUGUCGCUGCUUCUGCUGCCUGAUCCCAGUGCAGUGUCUGAGCUCCUGGCUGCUGAUCCCAGUGCAGUAAGUGUCACUGCUCCAGCCUGAUCCCAGGGCAGUGUCAGUGUCUGCUGUGCUGCAUCCCAAUAUCUGACUGUAAACGCCUCAACAUCUUGGACAUGUCCUGUUUCCACCACUCUGCCUUCUUUAUAUCUUGGGGCUCCUUUGUGCCCCUAAUGUCACAUGAAUGCACAGCACCACACACCCCACAGCUGGUUUGCUAGCUGGUGCCUCAGCUAUUCACAGUGAGGCGCAUCCAGCGAUCUAGGACAGACUGAAGCUCUUUCCCUACUGGACUGUGCAUGUUUCUAAUUUUGCCUCUGUUCCUGACUCCCACAACUUUAUCUCUUGGCUUCCCUACGUAUUCCAUACAGUGAGAACAUGGAGUGGCGGUGUGGGUACUCAUGGUGGCAUCUUGGAGUUGUCUUAUUUGCGAAUUGGGUAGCUGGAGAGACGGGGAACAAAGCCAAGAGCUGUGACGCUGUGAAACAGGUUUAUAGUGCCAAGGGUUUCAGCCUAAGUGGGGUCCCCCAGUCUGAGAUCUCAGGUGAGCACCUACGGAUUUGCCCACAAGGUUACACCUGCUGCACAUCAGAGAUGGAGGAGAGUUUUGCCAAUAUCAGCAAAGUGGAGUUUGACAGCGCACUGAGAGAGGCUAGUCUGUCCGUCCAGGGACUGCUCUUGGCACAGAACAGGAACUUUGACAGGUACUUCCAGGACUUGUUGAAUAAAUCUGAGCAGAUCCUUCUGGACACAUUUCCCAGCCUGUAUGGGGAACUUUACAGCCAAAAUGACGGGAAGAUAUUCAGAGACUUGUACUUGGAGCUGCGUCUGUAUUACCGCGGCUCUGCAGUUAAUUUGGAGGAGGCGUUAACUGAGUUCUGGACCCAAUUGCUGGAGCGGGUGUUCAAGACCCAGAACUCGCAGUUCACGUUUUCAUACGAGUAUUUGGAGUGCUUGGCCAAGCAAUACGGCCAGCUGAAGCCGUUUGGGGACAUUCCACGUGAAAUGAAGCUGAAAUCCACCAGGGCAUUUAUUGCUGCUCGAUCCUUUGUACAGGGACUUGGCGCCGCUGCGGACAUUGUCAAGAAAGUCACCCAGGUCCCCAUGAGUAAAGAAUGCACCCGGGAAGUCAUGAAGCUCAUGUAUUGUCCUCUCUGCCGUGGCCACACCAGCUUGAAGCUAUGUGACAAUUACUGCUGGAACGUCCUACGAGGGUGUCUGGCUAAUCAGGCCGACUUAGACUCUGAGUGGAGAAAUUUGAUUGAGUCCUUACUGCUGGUGGCUGGCAAGUUUAAUGGAGCUUCUGGUGUGGAGAACAUUGUGGGAACGGUCCACACAAAGAUCUCUGAGGCCAUCACCCAUAUGCAGGAGAACAAGGAGGUUAUCACAAACAAGGUGUUUAAAGUUUGUGGAAACCCCAAAAAGGGCAACAAGGGCUCCAAGCCGGAGGAGAAAAAGAGAAAAGGGAAGGCAGUUCCGGAAGAUAAAUCCAGCGUUCCCAGUAUGGACAACCUGACUUCAGAUGUAAAAGGAAUGCUAAAUGACAUCCAAGAUUAUUGGAUAAGCCUGCCAAAUAUAUUUUGCAAUGAAAAGGCUAUUGCUGGUCCGGGCAAUGAAGACAAGUGCUGGAACGGGAUGUCCCGGGCAAGGUACAUGCCUGAGCGUAUGGGCAGCGGUCUCGCCAACCAAAUCAGUAAUCCGGAGAUUGAUGUGGAUAUUACCAAGCCUGAUAUUACCAUCCGUCAGCAGAUUAUGCAGCUGAAGAUCAUGACCAACCGUCUCCGCAAUGCCUAUAAUGGAAAUGACGUGGAUUUCCAAGACACAAGUGACGAUAUCAGUGGUUCGGGGAGCGGAGAUGGCUGUACUGACACUGUUUGCGUCAAGACAAAAGCUUCCGGAGAGUCCACUGUAGUACACACACAAACACAUGUAGUACACAAUCCGAAAGCAGCGGAGGUGCCAGGGAACAGCGCCAACUUAUACUCAUGGAACCUUCUGCUUCUUCUUGCAGCUUUGCUUGUUGCACAAUGUGCCAGAUGGUAACUUGUAGGAAUCGUGAUAUAAAAGGAAUGCAGUUUACUUUGCGCCAUAAAUAAACUUGACAUUCUUCUACAUUGGGGAAUAGAUGAGAACGGAAAUGGAGAGAGUGCUGGAGAGUAGGCCACUAUAACACUGUGCUCUUCUACAGGCCCAACCUGUCUCCGUACCUGUACAUUUUUUUGUAUUUGCGUGUAUUUUAUUUUCUGAUACAGAUAUACCACAUCUGGCUGAUCUUUUCUCUUUGGUUGAUAGGACAAACUUGUUACAAGUGACAUAAAGUCUCACUAAUAUUGUGUCUCUUUUCUAAGAUUAAACAUAAAAUUUAAAAAAAUGUAAAAUGUAAAAUAUUUAUUAGUGCAAAUAUACAUAUACAACUGACAACAGAGAGAAGCAAUGUAUGCCAUUUUCUUUGUUUCUAUAUAAAGUAUGUUUUUCUUUA